AUGACAAAAUUUAAGGUUUUCGAGAUCCAUCUUUACGAACACGAUUCACUUGAAUUGAUUGUUCCAUUAAACACAGCCAACUUACCGGCUGUGUUGACAGUUGCAGGCUCAGACUCUUCCGGUGGUGCUGGUAUUGAGGCUGACCUAAAAACAAUAAUUGCACACAAAUGCUAUGGGCUAACCGGUAUUACUACAUUGACUGCUCAAAAUACUACAGGAGUUGAAGAUGUACUCACUAUUUCACAAUCCAUGAUGAAGUCUAUUUUGGAUGCUAACUUCAGUGAUAUCAAAAUUAGUUCUAUAAAAACAGGUUUGCUCACCAAAGAAUCAAUUGCCGCUCUAAAAUAUGCCAUCGACAAGUAUGAAUACAAAAACAAUCUUGUGGUAGAUCCAGUUAUGGUCAGCACUUCCGGUUUUGAAUUUAUGAAGUCAGAUCUUUUUGAAUGUAUCAAUCGAGAGAUCGGAAAUUCUAUCACAAUAAUUACUCCAAACUUGCUUGAGGCUAAAGCAAUCAUAAAUACUUUAAGUGGUAAAAAUCUUUAUACAAAUGAACCAUUGGAAACUAUUGAAGAAAUGUAUAUGAUGUGUCGCAAAAUUUUUGAUCUAACUGGAAUAGAAAAUAUUCUUAUUAAAGGUGGUCAUCAGAAAUGGAAGCAACAAGAUCUUUUAACCGAUACUCUUUAUUGUUCAGAGAACGAUUCUUAUUAUGUUUUUCAUUCCAAGAUGAUUGAUUCUGUUCAUACACAUGGUACCGGUUGCACCCUAUCUUCAGCAAUUGCGUCAAAUAUGGCUCACGGCUUAUCCAUUAUCAAUGCUGUUGCCAAUGGUAUUAUUUACGUUCAAAAUGGUAUCAGAUCUGCACCUGGUUUCGGAAGAGGCAAUGGACCAUUAAAUCAUAUACAAAGCUUCAAAUUAUUCAAUUAUGAAGCAAUUGUUGAAGACAAAUCUUUCAAAUUACCAUUUAGCGAAGGGGAAGCUUUCAAAUUUUUAUUUAAUCAUCCUAGAAUUGCAAAACAUUGGCAAGAAUAUAUUAAUCACCCAUUCAUGUUUAAAGUGAGAGAUAUGUCAUUACCAUUAGAAAAAUUUAGGCACUUUAUUCAACAAGAUUAUGUGUAUCUUAUAAAUUAUUCACAUAUAAUGUCAUAUUUGGCCACAUAUAGUACUUCCAAAGAAGAUUUUAGAAGUGAUUUGGCUAAAUUAUUUGCCUUGCACGAAGAAAUGAAUAAAACAGGGGAUAUCAUCUCUCUAUUGAAUGAUGAUCCAACCAAAGGGUUUGAGCCUAACCCUACAAACAAAGAAUAUAUGGAAAAGUUGCUAGAUAUUGCAACCAAUACAGGUGAUGCUUUAGACAUCACCACUGCACUUACACCGUGCUUCCACGGCUAUUCCAUAGCUGCUCAUAAUGCCAAUAAUUCAGUCAAGAAGUAUCAUAAAGCUGAUAAAUUAACUACUGAAGUAUACACCCGUUGGAUCGAUGGCAAUUUGCAGACAGUUUAUAGUGAAGCUUGCAAGGUUUCGGAGAUAGAGUUCAAUGCAUUAAUUCGAAAGCGUUGUAAAAGCCAGCAAAAACUUGAUAGAGUUAUUGAGAUAUUUGAAACUUUUACUAAACUUGAAGUCCAAUUCUGGAGUAGAUGUAUUUAA